GUAUCCAACACAAACCAAUCUGAAGCUGUCAGCUGUGAACUUAAACCAGACAAGAUGCUUUAGAAAAUGUACAGUAGAAAAUAAUUUACUUGGGUAUCCCUAAACUUUCAGGAAUACAAAGAUAUUUACAAACAAAUCCUCAGCUCUUGAAGAGUCUCGGAGAGAGAGAUGAAAAAUCAGCACUGACAGCCAAGUGCAUGAAACUCUUCAGAAGGAUAACAGACUUUAACAGAAAAAGGAUGCGUUACUAUGGAGAUGUUCCUCUCUCAGCUAAAGCUGUGCUUCCUACCAAACAUCCUUACAUGAGUACCACAAACCAUACUAAAAUCAAAAGUGGUUCUAGACAUGACAUGUCAGAUGAUGGAACACCGUCAAAACCAGAUGAUCUGCAGACAAUCAAGCAGGAACUAACUCAGAUAAAAGCACAAGUUGAUGGCCUCCUGGAGAGUCUUGAGAAGAUGGAAGAGAGGCAAAAAUCAGAGGCGGGAAGGAGAAACUAAGAGUCACAUUCAUUCCAACACAAGAACAAGGACAAGACAAAGCAGUGACUUUCUUUAAAAACUUCACCUAUGUUUCCGCUUAAGUAUAUACUAGAACAAGAAAACAAGAAAAAAUUCCUCCCUCACGAUUCACCAACAGGCUAUAUUACAAGACAACUCAAUAGAUCAUUUAUUAGAACAAAGAAAUCUUUCAGCACUACCAUCUUUAAACAAGUCACUAUUAUAUCUGUAGCUAACACGAAGACUGCUCAAGUAUACAGGAAAUGCUCAGAAUGUUCUAUGACUGCUGACCUGGAGUACAGACGCAGAAACAGCACUUCAGAACAUCAGUGAUAUACCAGAAAACAUAAGAGAAGCAAUUAGAUUGUAUUUUAAUUGUGUAUAUGCAGUCUCAAGACAAUACUCCUUGCAUCAUAGUAUUGUUUCUAUCUUCGUUAGAACACAUUUAGAAAACUAGUAAUGUUAUUCAAAUCUGAACUCACCAGACUGAAGCAUGUCAUGUCAAAAUACACAGGAUCUGCUCUGUGGUCAGGCUAAUACAUACUACCGAAGAUCAACUGCAACAAAUCCAGCUUUUAUAGCUAAUCUCUUAGGAAACGACAUCAGUAGUCUGCAUUGGGAGAUAUAUAAACAGAUAAUGACUGAGCUGAAAUUUGUAUUGUACUGCUAGUUAUCUACAGUGUAGAACUGCUGAACUGUGUGUUACUAAAUUAUUACAUUUUAUAUCCAACUGCAUAUACUUUGGCAGAAUUACUCAGAAGCACCAUCACGAAAGAAGAAGCGUGAAUCACCUUCAGCCAGCUCUGUUUUUAUUAUUUCUGUACAAAAAUGUUUUGUACAAUUCACUGCAGAACUGCAACACACUAUAUAUAAAAUUUCUAUUUCAUGGCAUCAGUGAACCGUGAAAUACAAUGCUGCAGAUUUCAAAGGGGCAAAAGAAACUCCUAGUAAAUAAAUCACCAUACUACUAACAAUGUACAUUAUUAAACAAUGAUGCAGUUCACACCAGUUGAUAUGUUUUUGGAAUAUAGACAAAAGGCAGAAAAUGCAUUAUAUUAUUUACUACAGAGUCAGUCAAUAACCUGGAGUUUGCAACAUCAUGUAUAAAGAAAUAUCACAUAUGCAUUUCAUGUUUCCAUUAGCCAGAAAUGUUUUAUUACACUUCAUUCGUUUUAAUCAGCUUUUGUUUUCCUCCUGCAUGUUAGAUGUUGAAUUUGUAAGGCUGCCUCAGUUUUAGGUGUCCUGAAAUGUUACAUUUAAAAAGUAAUGUUUUACCUAUUAACAUCAGUGAUUAGUACACCACUGUAAUACUUCAUGUAGCUUUCACAGCUAUAAGGCUGUCUUCUGUGUUAUUGGGGUUUUUAAUGAAUGCUUAAGAUUCCUUAACUCCAGACUGCAUGGAAAAUAACAUAUGUAGAGGUUAUUCAGUGCCUCUUGUAAUAAAAGAAACACAAUCCUUAGCUACUUCUGUAUGUCCCAAGAAGAUAGUUAUAUUUACAAUAAUGUUUGUGCAUUAAUUUGUACUUAGUCUUUGCCAUACUGGAAUGUCUGCAAUUUGUAUCAAACCUCUCCAGAAUGACUCACUGUACCAGAUGUGUAGACCAAACUAACUGUGUAAUACAUUCAAAUAUGUAAUAAUGGGAGCCUGUUGGACGGAUUGUAGUUUCCUAGAGACCUGUAUUGUUUGACUAGGAACAAAAUGUAUAGCUUGGCAUACAACUGCAAGAUCAGUGUAACUUGGAGGGUAAUAAAGCAUUCUUACCCCAGAAA